AUGACUGGGUGCAGCAACCCCUUCAAGAUUGAGAUCAUGUGGCCCGGAGAGGCUCGGAUAGCAACGUCGAAUUGGUUCCCGCCACUGGUCUACUUGAUCUUCAACGGCAUCUUUGCCAUCGUUUUUGUGGCCUUUCAGAUCCUUCACUUCGCCGACAACAUCCCAGAUCAAGGUGGCUUCUACGCUAUUUUCUUGACGCAUUGGGCCUUGGUCUUGCAAACGAUCACUAUGGUGAUGCUUUUCAUCUCCACCGCGUGGGGCUACACCAAGUUGCCUGAUGGCCCCUCGCAGGGAAAGGCUCCGCUCUUUGUUCGCUACACUGUGGCCUUGUGGUAUUUGAUUCAGCCAACGUCAUUGUAUUGGACCCUCAUCAAUCCUAUCUUUGACGAUCCCUUUCUUCCUGAGCUCUCGUCGUUGUGGGCGCAUUUGUUCAACUGGUUGUGUCUUUUGGCCAGUGUCCUGGCCAAACCUUUAGGCCUUUUUGCUUCCCGCAUUCCGUGGUCCUUCAAGAAUUCCAUUUGGGGUUUGGUCUUCCUCCUUGCCUACCUCGUUUGGACUUUGAUUCACUUCUUUGCGCGAAUUGGAAGGGGAGGUUCCUGCGAACUGUAUCCCGAUCCGGAGUGCCCCAUCUAUGAUGAGUUUGAUUGGAAUAUGCCGGGGAUCACUACACUCAUUGUCUUGGCUACGCUGGUGAUAUAUGCCGUGGUCGCAGGACUCUACACGGGCUUGUUCCGUUGCCGCGACUCCUGUUCCCCUGCCAUGACCGUCUCGGAAGUGUCCGGAAAAGAAGCGGAGACCAAAGACGAACCAGAGAAUGGAGCCUAA